CUCCUCCCUCACCACUUUUUCCCCGUUCACGACCGGUGCCCCGCGGCUCAGCAUAAUCGAAUUGGCCCAUUGGUGUCUCCGCAGUGAAUAUGGCGGAUGCGGAAGGGGAGUCGCUGGAGUCGUGGCUCAACAAAGCCACCAACCCAUCCAACAGGCAGGAAGACUGGGAGUACAUUAUAGGAUUCUGUGACCAAAUCAAUAAGGAAUUGGAAGGCCCACAGAUUGCUGUGAGAUUGUUAGCCCAUAAAAUCCAGUCCCCACAAGAAUGGGAGGCGAUACAGGCUUUGAUGGUUUUAGAAGCUUGCAUGAAGAACUGCGGGAAAAGGUUCCACAAUGAAGUUGGGAAAUUUAGGUUUCUAAAUGAACUCAUCAAAGUGGUGUCACCUAAAUAUCUAGGUGACAGAGUGUCAGAGGUGGUGAAGAAGAGAGUGGUAGAUAUGCUCUUCAGCUGGACACUCUCUUUACCCAAUGAGGCCAAGAUCAGUGAUGCUUAUCAAAUGCUGAAGAAACAAGGUAUUGUCACAGUUGACCCUGAGCUUCCUCUGGAUAAGACACUGAUGCCGUCGCCCUCCUCCCGGCCCAAGAACCCUGUGUUUGAGAACGAGGAGAAGAGCAAGCGACUGGCCGAGCUUCUGAAGAGCAAAAAGCCUGAGGAUCUACAGGAGGCCAACCGCCUGAUCAAAAACAUGGUCAAAGAGGAUGAGGUGAGGCUGCAGAGAGCGUCGAAGCGCAGCAGCACCCUGGAGGAGGUCAACAACAGUGUUAAACUGCUCAACGAGAUGCUCAGCCACUUCAGCAGGGACCAAUCAACGGACGGAGACAAGGAGCUUAUCAAAGAGCUUUACGGUGACUGUGACAAGUUGAGGGGGACUGUGUUCAAGCUGGCCACAGAGACAGAGGACAAUGACAGCAGCUUAGGUGACAUAUUGCAGGCCAGUGAUGACCUGUCCCGCGUCAUCAACUCCUAUAAGAGGAUUGUGGAGGGACAGACUGUCAAUGGAGAGAUGGAGCCACUUGGACUGUCAACUACUACACAAUGUACCAAAGACAGCAACCAGUCUGAGAUCCUGGUAGACCUGGCUGGUCUGGACCUCCAGAGCCCCUCCCCACCAGAGCAUCCUCCUCUAGCCCAGCACGUAGACUUCAUCCCAGCCGACCUGCUGUACGGGUCUGCCCCCCUCCAGGAUCUUCAGGCCUGCCCUGCCAUGGAGGACCCCAGUCCCAGAAAACCCUCUGCUGCACUGUCUCUACUGGACAAGGAGCUCCUCUCUCUAGGACUUAAUGACCCAGUUCCUGCAAAAGAUGACUUGAAUAAUCCGUGGAGGACAUUUUUGCAGGCUCCCAACCCAGUUUUGGACCUGUUUGGCAGCGCCCUCCCAGCUACUGUAUUCUCUGCAGCUUCUACGGACCAGUUAGGAGCUUCUACAACAGAGCCUGUUUCUAAGACAGCCGCCCCACAAUCCUCAGUGGCAGCCUCCUUCCCCUACCCCAGUGCUGCUGCCCAGGCAGUCUCCGCCUCCCUGAACCACAGUCUGCAGGACCUGGACAUGUUGGAUUUGGGUAGCCCCAAGAGCAUGCCUGGUGUGAUCAACACUGGCGACCUGUUUGGGAUGGGUGAGGCUAUGGGUACCACUGCCUCCCCGAGAAUUGGGAUCCCCGCCUCCAGAUCCAGCCCUCUCCCUCUGGGUAUCCUACAGGCUGCUGCUGCUGCAGCCCCUACCUUGUCCCCUAAGACCCAAGCUGAUGACAGCCCCCUUCUCCGCUCCCUGUCCCCCAUCCUGAUUCUCCCGCUGGGGCAGGCCAGCCCAGCCAAGUUCCCUGAGAUCUCCCUAAGUAACGUCCACGUCCCCCUAGAAGCCAUCAAGCCAAGCAAGCUGUGUCCUGUGACGGCCUAUGAUAAAGACGGGGUCCGCGUUCUCCUGCACUUUGCCACCGACUGUCCGCCGGGCCGGCCGGACGUGCUGGUGAUGGUGGUGUCCAUGCUGAACACGGCACCUCUUCCCGUCAUGAACAUGGUCCUACAGGCUGCUGUACCCAAGUCGAUGAAGGUGAGACUACAACCGCCCUCGGGAACUGACCUGGCGCCUUUUAACCCCAUCUUUCCCCCCGCCGCCAUCACUCAAGUCAUGCUGCUGGCCAACCCACUAAUGGAGAAGGUCCGGAUGAGAUACAAGCUGACGUUCACACUGGGAGAGCAGCAGUGCACAGAGACUGGGGAGGUUGACCAGUUCCCCCCAGCCGAGAUAUGGGGGGCUCUAUAGCCCCCCUAACCCCAAAAUGGUGCCAGGGACAAUACAGCAACACAUGGUGGGGACAGCUUGAGUCAGUUGACGCUACAAAGACUAUUUGGGGGAGAAUCAAUGUAUUUGCUAAUGUUUCAUAUACGAGUAAGUUAUUAAGCGCUAUUAUCAUUAUGCCAUUCGUUACAUUGUCCUUCUGUUAGGUGUCAUGUUUAUUUAUAUAUACUUCAAACCCAAUCUUCUCUGAAUGGAAUUGUUACAGAAUUGCUGCACUUUAGAAAUGCCAUACAGACUUACAAUGUUUGGUUUUAGAGCAGUCAUAUACACUUGGAAAUUUUACUUUAAACGGUCAAGAAGAGCCAGCCUAGCAUGUGAUAAGAGUGGAGGUUAUCACAUGAUAUACAUCUGGCACUUACACAAUACUUUUACAAUGAACUACCAGUAAUUGGACAGGGAAAAUCUCCCGAUUGUCACAGUUAAUGGAAAAGAAGCCAUAGACUAGUAGCAUACAUGUAUCUCUUUUCCACCUGCCCCCUUUCACUUUAUUCCAAAUAUGAUACCUCAGUAGAAAAUGAUGGAGCAGAUAACUGACAGUACAGACAGCUAAAUGCUGAACACUUGCAUAAUGUUGUUGAGAAGGUCUUUGAAUAUAUUCAAAAUAAUUAUUUGUAUUUUGGGAGUGCUAUUUAUCUGGUCAGGUGGGAAUUUUCUAUUUCUACCUAUAUAUUUCUAUUAGUGCUAUUUUGACAUGUUUCAGUUAUGGGAGGUGGUGGCCUGCCAAGUUGUGUGACUGAGAAUCUUUAAGUAUUUAUGUAUUUAUUUUUUAGGUGCUUGUCAUGAAAGUAUUGGUUUCCCGAGAUGGUGUUAGUUAAGCAAGCUCUGUCUUCUGUUUUGAGAUCAGUUUACUGCUGAAAUUCUUCCCUGCAUACUUAACUUUGAAUGGCUUGGUAACAAUUUAAUAUUAGUUUGUAGAAACCUGGGGCUUAUCCAGGAGGGUGAAAUAUCGCAGCACUUUCAGAUAGACCUGUAUUGAGUAGAAUAGGGAAGCUUGUUUGAAUAGGGAAGCUUGUCAGCUCUAUACAUUACAUUUCUAUCUGCGACAGCUUAACCCUUGCAUCCCCAUUCAAACAGCCUAUAGUGAAGGUGCUUUGCCUGCAGUGGUACAAUAGGACAUGAAUCGGUAUCUCAAAAUAGGGCUUAUGGUUGUCCCUUGCAAUGUACUUGUAUGUAACAGGAGUGUCUGACUGUCUAUUCUGCCUGUCUGCGUUAUGAAGCUAUUUUCUGUUAUCAGUACCAGUGUUACAAUGGGAGGACUCUUCCAAACUUUAAUAUAAAUUGUUGCUCUAUUUAUUGUCCAUUUUAGAGAUUGUGCAUUAAAUGUGUGGUUAUUUAAUGGGAUUGAACAGAAGUAAGUACUGUAUAUGUAUUUUCGAAGAACUGUUUUACCGCAUGAAGAAUUAGUCUUAAUUUUAAAGAAUUGCCACAUGCUGUAUGUGGUAUGUUCAUUUGCCUGCCCUAACCCACUUGCGCCCAUACAGACGUUGAUUUCCGGCGAGGAAACGCCUAUAAAUAAUCAAACCUCCUGGAACAUGUCAUUUUACUUUUGUAUUUUUAAGUUUAGUUUCACACCAACAAGCAACACUGGGCACACACACUGUGAAUGCUCAGAAAUGUAACACUGUGCACACACUGUGAGUGCUCAGAAAUGUAUCGUCAUGGAAAAAGAGCAGCACAGACUGCUCUCCAAACUGGCGCAGAUGGAAGUCGCGCUCCUGCCCAAGCUUCGUGGAGAAAGCGCAAAGUCGCUGAAGUGUAGCAGCCAUGGCAGACGAAAAACCCAAGGAAGGAGUAAAGACGGAGAACAAUGACCACAUCAACUUGAAGGUGGCAGGACAAGACGGCUCAGUGGUGCAGUUCAAGAUCAAAAGGCACACACCUCUCAGCAAACUCAUGAAAGCAUAUUGCGAAAGACAGGUAAGGCAACAUCCAUUGACUAACAAACAUGCAUGUGUAGGACAUGGGGAUGUGUGAAACUUACUCCUCAGCCUGAAGUAUCCCCACUUGCGAUAGGGAGUAGCUAGCUUUCCAUGUGGCGCGGUCUGGUAAUACGCUUCAGGAGGGAGGUCACGUGUGCUAACAGGGCAGAGCUCCCGAGUUCGCGCAAGGUAUGAGCCGAAUCAGGAGGAAGUGGUACUCGCUUCGUGACGUCCUGUAUACAUGCACUCAGACUGAGGGUUUUAUUGCCAUGCACAAGUUCCCUUGAUUGAAGAAUUGCGUAUUUGCAGUUCAAAUUUUUGUGUCUUGUGAUGCCUUUCCACAGGGCCUGACGAUUAGGCAAAUCCGGUUCCGGUUUGAUGGUCAACCCAUCAACGAGACAGACACACCAGCACAAUUGGAAAUGGAAGAUGAAGACACAAUUGAUGUGUUCCAGCAGCAAACGGGAGGUUUUCUUCACUAGGGGCCUAUGUUCCCCACCAACACCCCUACCUCCCCUGUCAGCUCGCCUCUACGUUCCCUAAUAAUGUAUUUUCUGAAACUCUGCUUCUAACUCCUAUCCCUAGGCACUUAAUGCCAAUCUGAAAAGAUUGGAUAGGUUUGACCAAUAUGUUAAUAUGACUUGCUGUGUUAUAGCCGUACUUCCAAUCCUUUCAGGUAUACAGGAGUUGGGUCAAUUUGGGGUUCAGCAUACCUAGUUCUACACGUGUCAAUACCAUUCAUUCUGAUAUUCACAUAACAUACGGUUGUAUAUUAUUGAGUUUAUUCUGUACAUAAACAUCUGAGUGAGAGUACCCAUUGUCAGAUCCUGUUUCAUGUGCUGAACUAAUCCAGCAAUCAAAGCCUACAAUUCUGGACAAUGUCUUUUGGAAGGUGUGUAAGUUCUUUACAUCUAAUUCACCCGUUUUGACAAUUGCUGGUCAGACUUCUGUUUUCAGAGAUGGAUUCUUUCUUUUUAAUAAUUGUAGAUGUUGUUUGCGAUGCAACUUGUAUUGAUGUUCUCCAAUAAGCCUGCAUUUAAAUCGACUCACAUGUUAUUGUUAAAUAAAUUGAUUCUUUUUUAAA